AUGGAAGAAAUUCUGUUGACUCUCUGCCUGCUGGGUUCAGUCAUCGCCUACCCGAUGCAACCUCAGGUACCUGGGACACAUGGCUUGGCCAGCGUGAGCCUUGAGAGUAUGAGAAACCUCCAAGCAGCUAAUCAACUGACAGCACUCCCCCAGCUUUCAAGGUUUGGAUAUAAUGAUCCCUAUUCAGUAUUAUGGCUGCAUGGUCUCCUUCCGCCACAUUCCUCAUAUCCAUGGCUUCAUCAACAGCCACAGCUUCUUGACAAUCAGCAGUUUGAAUAUGCCUUACCUAUACAUCCUCCACCUUUGCCGGGAGCACAGGCACCACCUCAACCACAGAAUCCAACUCAAGAUGCUCAGAAUGUUCCACAAGAGCCGCCAUCUCCUCCUUCCAAAGCAGAACAGCUUCUGCACCAGCCUUUUCUGCCCAUGGGUUUUCCAAAUCUGCAACAAGCAGACUCUACACUAACUCCUCAAAGAGAGACACCAGCAGAUGGUCAAAUCCAAACGGUAGCAUUGUAUAUGUACCAGACAAUAAUGAACAAAUUAUUACAACAAGGUGCGGGAGGAGAAACUGUUCCAGACCUAGGAAUUCCAGCAGCAGUCCCAGGGGUGCAACAGCAGCAGCCAUACCCUGGCCUGGUCUUUAUGCAGUAUGGUGGAGGAGCUGGGGGACCUCCAGCACGACUUGGGGUAAUGAGCUCUGAGGAAAUGCAGGGUAGCCAUGUUGGGGCUGCACAUGCUUUUAAAGCCUUCUAUCCAGGAGUUCUAGGAAUGGGGCCUGGACUUCCACAGAACCCAGCCCUUCAAGGAGACUUUACAGUAGAAGAUGACUCUCCAGCAGCAGGAGGGAAGCCUAUGGGUCAGGGAGCUGCUCAGGGCCCAAUCGGCAGCCCAACAGCUGUUAGUUUGAAUCCACCAGUGCCAGGUUUGGAGGGGAACCCAACAGGACAAGGAGAAGCUAUGGUAUUCCCUAAUAUUAAUGUACCUAACUCUGCCUUUAGUCCAUUAGGUCAAAGUAAAUUCUCACCAGAUGUCACCCCACCAAAUGCAAUACAGUUAAACCAUGAUACAGGUGUAGGCUUCUCACCUUAUGGCGAUGAAACAAUACCCUAUGGCUUCCAGAAAGAACCUGCCAUGAAUAUGGAAGUCACCCCUGCAAAUAAUGCUAUUGACACACCAAUAUUACCAAAUGAUGUCCAUCUGCAAAAUCAUUAUUUCCAGGAACCCUGA